CUCGGAGAAGCCCAAGCAAAAAAAAAACGGAAAAAAGAGAGAAAGCAUAUCGGAGAAGACGACGGAGAAGCUUGUGAGAGGAGGAGAUGUCGACGAUCUACGUGCUAGAGCCACCGACGAAGGGAAAGGUCAUCGUGAAUACAACUCAUGGCCCAAUCGACAUCGAGCUAUGGCCUAAGGAAGCCCCCAAAUCAGUGCGGAACUUCGUUCAGCUCUGCCUCGAGGGUUACUUCGACGACACCAUCUUCCACCGUGUUAUUCCCGGGUUCCUCGUCCAAGGCGGAGAUCCCACCGGCUCCGGCACAGGUGGAGAGAGUAUAUACGGAGGUGUAUUUGCGGAUGAGUUUCAUUCGAGGCUGAGAUUCAACCACCGUGGGAUUGUGGCUAUGGCUAAUGAGAGCUCGCCGAAUACUAAUGGAAGUCAGUUCUUUUUCACUUUGGAUAAGUGUGAUUGGCUUGAUAAGAAGCACACUAUCUUUGGAAAGGUUACAGGUGAUUCAAUCUUCAAUCUUCUGAGACUAGGAGAGAUUGACACUGGUAAAGAUGAUCGUCCCCUGGAUCCUGCCCCCAAAAUUUUAUCUGUUGAGGUUUUGUGGAACCCUUUCGAAGAUAUUGUUCCUAGAGUGCUAGCAAAGACAUCGAAUGCUGUUGCUGAAGUGAAGGAACCCCCAAAGAAGCCUGUCAAGAAAUUGAAUUUACUGUCAUUCGGAGAAGAAGCUGAGGAAGAGGAGAAGGAACUUGCAGCUGUAAAGCAAAAGAUUAAGAGCAGUCAUGACGUGUUGAACGAUCCUCGACUAUUGAAGGCAGAAGCUACAAAUACAGAACGGAAUGCACCUGACUCGAAGGAGUUGCUAUCUGUGCGGGAAGCUCUGGGUUCUAAGAAAGAAAGCGCUCAAAAAGAGAAAAGCUGGCCUGUAUCCGAUCCAGUUGGACAUAGUGAUGAUGACGAUGAUGAUGGAGAUGAGACUAAGUUUGAUGCAAAGAUGAGGAAUCAAGUGCUUAGCAGAAGGAAAGAGAUGGGAGAUAUUCCUCCAAAACCGACUCAGAAAAAAAAGAGCUCUAGUGUGAAAGCCCCGGAAGAAUCUACCAAAAGGUCUGAUGUUGAAAGUAGUGAAGAUGAGAAACCGAAGAUGGAAAAGUUAUCACUGAAGAAAAAGGGAAUAGGUUCAGAAGCCAAAGCCGAACGGUUGGAAAAUGGAGACGCUGAUUUACAGCUUUACAACGCUUCUGAACGCGCCCGACAGCUACACAAGUUGAAGAAGCGCAGAAUGCAAGGAAACGAGGAUGCUGUGUUGGCGAAACUCGAGAAAUUUAAGCAGUCCAUUUCCGCAAAACCGUUUGGCUCGAGUAGUAGUGAACCAGGAGGAGGCAAUAUAGAGGAGGAAGAUGUCUCUGAUUGGAAGAAAGUAAAGCUCAAGUUUGCACCCGAGCAUGGCAAGUCUCGCAAGGAUGAUCCAGAUGCGUACGUUGUGGUUGACCCUCUUCUCGAAAAGGGAAAGGAAAAGUUCAACAGAAUGCAAGCCAAACAAAAACGAAAGGAACGAGAAUGGUCAGGAAAGUCUCUUGCCUGAAUGUUGGAACAAUCUGAAUUCGACCACCAUCAAAGGCUGAAUCAAAAUUUGGAGGUUAGACACCUUUCAGAUGCAAUACAUGUACUACUUUUUGGUUGUCUGAAAACUUAUUCAAUUUCCUCACUUUAAAAAAUCAAAUCUGUGAUAGAACGUGUCUGUAGAAAGAAUCUGGCAUUGUCUUGCUAUUAAAAGUGAUGUUUCAUAGUUCACGGCUGGUGUCGUCAUUGGCUCUUUGCUAAUAAACUAGUAAUAAAAAGAACUUGUUGAGUUGGCA